AUCUUCCUCUUCCUCUUCAGGGAGCUCAGGGACACGGCCCUGGUCAGGAACUGGGUCACCAAGAAGAUCAAGGUGGAGUUUGAGGAGCUGCUCCAGGCCAAGAUGACGGGGAAGGUGCUGGAGGGGCUCAGCCUCAGGGACGUCUCUCUCGGCAACGUCCUGCCCGUCUUCAAAGCUGUCAAGCUCAUUCGGCCAGUGGUCUGCGGUGAAGAGGGCUGCCCUGAGGAGCUGGGCUUUGAGGUAGACCUGGAGUACAAUGGUGGCUUCCACUUGGCCAUUGAUGCCGACCUGGUCUUUGGCAAGUCGGCCUACCUCUUUGUCAAAAUCUCCCGGGUGAUGGGGAAGCUGAAGCUGGUCUUCACGCGCCUGCCCUUCACGCACUGGUCCUUCUCUUUUAUGGAUGACCCUGUGAUACUCUUUGAAGUGAAGUCUCAGUUUGAAGGGAGGCCCAUGCCUCAGCUCACUUCCAUCAUUGUGAACCAAUUCAAGAAAGUCAUUAAACGCAAGCACACGUUACCCAAUUAUAAAAUCAGGUUCAAGCCAUUUUUUCCAUUUCAAGUGUUGCCACCUGACGAAUAUGAAGAUCGAGACCUCUGUAUACAGGAUUUUCUUUUGACAGAAGGUCGACUAAAAGUCACGUUAAUUGAAUGUACAAG